AGAUUCAGACGCGAGCCGAGCGGGGGAGGCGGACCACACUAGAACUAGAACCCUCUCUACGGCUCUACUACGCUACGCCCCAUCCCGCCCGGACCGGACCGGACCCACCUUCCUCCACCUCUCUGCCCGCCGCCGGCCGACCCGAAUGGGGGCGGGAACCAAUAAUGGCCUGAGCAACGGCGCCGCCGCAGGGCAGCGCGCGGACGACGGGACCACGGUGUUCCGGGGCACGGCGUACUCGCCGCUACGGACCACGGUGGCGCUCGCGCUGUGGCUCGGGGCCAUCCACUUCAACGCCUUCCUCGUCCUCGCCUCGCUCUUCCUCUUCCCGCGCCGCGUCGCCGCACUGGUGCUGGCGACGCAGCUCUUCUUCAUGUUCCUGCCGCUCAGUGAUAAGAGCAGACUGGGCCGCAAGAUCGCCAGGUUCAUAAGCAAGUACGUCAUUGGGUAUUUUCCCGUCACUUUGCACGUGGAAGACUAUGGCGCCUUUGAUCCCAACAGGGCUUAUGUGUUCGGUUAUGAGCCUCAUUCUGUUUUGCCCAUAGCUGUUGGGAUCCUCGGGGACCUUGUUGGAUUCAUGCCGCUACCAAAGAUGAAGAUUCUUGCAAGCAGUGCGGUGUUCUACACCCCGUUCCUAAGGCAAAUAUGGACAUGGUUGGGGUUGGCUCCUGCGUCGAGAAAGAGUUUCUACUCCUACCUUGGAGCUGGUUAUAGCUGUAUUAUAGUGCCAGGAGGUGUGCAGGAAAUACUUCAUAUGGAUCAUGAUUCAGAGGUUGCUUUUCUUAAACCAAGAAAAGGUUUUGUUAAGAUAGCUAUUGAGAUGGGUUGCCCUGUAGUCCCCGUUUUUGCUUUCGGACAGAGCUAUGUUUACAAAUGGUGGAGGCCAGGUGGCAAGUUAAUUGUCAAGAUUGCUAGAGCAAUCAAAUUUUCUCCAAUAAUCUUCUGGGGAAAACUGGGGACUCCCAUCCCUUUUGCAACACCAAUGCAUGUGAUUGUUGGAAGGCCAAUUGAGGUUGUAAAGAAUCCUCAACCUACCAUUGAUGAGAUAAACCAAGUCCACGGACAGUUCGUUGUUGCGAUGCAAGAUCUGUUCGAGAAAUACAAGAGCAGAACUGGAUACCCUGAUCUUCAGUUAAGAGUUCUUUGAUGGCGUGCUGUUCCAAUGAAAAGCUCUUAUCAGCUAGGUUUAAGGGAUAAAAUGGCUGUUCAGACCCAUCGACUCAAUUGAUCGUAGCAUUUGGGCUAUAAUGUUUUUGAGCACAGGUCCAUUAUUGAAAUUCUGUACCCCAUUCCAAAUUAGAAGACGUUUUUUUA